AUGCAGAACGGGCGCAUCUCAUCCGGCUCGUCGUCGUCAUCCUCGGCACAGCGGGGGCCGUAUCGACAUCCCUCCACCGCGGCGUCGGCGGGCAUGCCCUCGUCGUCAUCCUCGUCAUCCUCGUCAUGGUCGUCAUCUUCGACCCCGACCUCGUCUCCCUCCGCGUACCCACCACUCGGACAGUUGAUCCGAUCGAUCCAGGACCUCGCCCAACCGAGCGCCUACUCGCUCAGCAAAGCCGGUGUACUGCUCCAGCUCAAGUUGGUCCUGUACGCCUUUGCGCUCGACCGGGACUCGCCUUCAAGUCACCUCUUCCUCCCCGCACCACGCGAUCCUGCCUCGCCCGAACGAGAGGUCGUCCAACUCGGCCACAAGUUCACGCUAUCGGCAUUGCAAAAGAAACUUGUCGCCCCCAAUACCUCGUCCCAGGCACCGCCCUCAACCGAACUGGCGCCCGAGUACUCUGAAUCCAGGAGGGGCAAGAUCUGCGGCCACGUAUUCCGCGCCGGCGAAUCCGUGUACCGCUGCCGGGACUGUGCGUUCGAUCCGACCUGCGUGCUGUGCUCCAAAUGCUACCAUGCCAGUUCCCAUGCGAGGAUGGGCCACGACGUCACGAUGGCCGUUCAUGGAGGAGUCGGCGCAGGGUGUUGCGACUGCGGUGACGACGAGGCGUUCAAGCCGGGCACCCAGGACGACUGCAGGUACCAUUCCAUCAGGUUCGCACCACAACCGUCAGAGCGUUCAGGCGAGAACAGUCGAGAGGAGGAACAGCGCAUGCGGGAGCCGAUCAGCGAGGUCGAGCGCUGGCUCGUCGUGCUCAUCGACUGGAUGAUCGCCGUCCUCGAUCGAAGUCCGAGCGAAUUCGUACCACCGCAAACCGUCGACGACAUCAUUGCCCUACUACCCCCACCGGUACCUGGUCUGACCCCGCCCGAGGCGAGCGACGACGCCGAUGCGCUCGCUGCUGAUUUGUACGCCAUGCGCUCGGGUCAGACCGGUCACGCCAUGUUCUUGACCCCGACUUCGGCAUCGCGCGUCGCGUCCAUCAGUCAACCUUACUUCCCCUUUGGAUCCUCGCGCCCACGGCCGAGUCACUCUCCUUCCUCUGCUGGGACUCAAACGCCGACCGGUGAAACGAACCCCUUUUCGGCCUCGACUUCGCCGCCUUCGUACGUCUCUUCCACCUCGAGGGGCAAGGCUAGAGCGACUUCCCCAUCCCCUUCGACCACGGCGACGACGGGAUCCUCCCCUGCCGAACCUGACACCCCUGCUGGCCCAUGGUCCGUCGUCCUCUGGAACGACGAGAAGCACUCCUUUGAGCAAGUCAUCGAUCAAGUCACCCGAGCGACGGGCGUGUCCCGCAAGAGGGCUGCGGCCAUGGCUCAAGAAGUCGAUACGCACGGGCGAGCCAUCAUCGUCAACUCGAACGAUCCGGAUCGGUUGGUCGCCAUCGCUCGUCUUAUAUCGAAUAUCGAUCUCGCUGUGACUGUACGACUCUCGACAGAGACGUUUUACGAGCAGGUGGUUGGGGAGGUGAUCCACAUGUUGAGGGACCUCGCGAACGUUGAUGUGGGUGGAAAGGGGAACGUCUUGACCGAGACGAUGGCCAAGAUUCUGCUGGCACCUUAUCCUUCGGGCGAGAAGGGUGGGAUUUCGUCGACGACGACCAGGUUCCAAAAGUUAUUGCAGGCCGAUUCCAAAUUGUGGAAGGACGCGCGCAAGAACCUGGCAGAGUUUUAUGUCGUCCUAUUGGGUGUAUCGUCGAGUGUCAAGUCUGAGCUGAGUCAGUCUAUGCAGGAUCAUGAAUUGAGCUGGGCAGUCACCCUGACCCAUCUACUCUCCUUUCGUCUGCAGGCAUCCAAUUCGCGCGCAUGUACUCGAGCAUCGCCGAGACAUACCUCUUGACCGAUCGCGAACCCGAAAACUCCAUCAUCUUUUUCGCCGUUCAAGUAUUCACAGCACCUUCCAUCGCAGCCCGCUUGAUGUCCGAGUACGCGUUCCUUUCGCACCUCAUCUCGCUCCUCUACGCCUUCUUCACCGAGCAAUUCGAUCCGGCGCAUAAUCGAAAGCGAUUGCGGUUACCGCCCAAUCCGACGAUUCGAAGGAUCGAUCCCGAGUCGGCCGCGUUCAAGCAGAAACGCUAUUUUCAAAUCUUCAACGAUCUCGAUCACUUGAUCCAGUCCAAAGAGGUCAAAAAACUGAUCUGCGUCAACCCUCAACUCGUUCUGGACCUUUCGGCCUUUCUCGACCUCUUCACCUCCAUGAACCCCAACGUGCGCGCCGUCGAUACCCACGUCGAAUACGAAUCCGAUGCCUGGGUCACCGCCUUCAACGCGACGAUCCAAUUGGGUAAACUCGCGCGAGCCUUCGGGGAAAGUUUCGAACACGCAACAACAUUCCAACUCGUUCAAGGUCUGAUGAACCUCCUAGGCCGAAUGGCUCGCAACAUGGUCUUUGAAACCCUCGAAUGGGCCGGCCAAGCCUACCAAGUCCCUUCCUUCAAAGUUGCCAAUUCCCCCGUGAGCUUCCAUCAUCCUCUGGGGUGGUUGUUCGCGGAGAUGUGUAAGCAUACGGACAAGUUGGUUCCGGAGAUGUUGAGGGGGAUUGGGUUGGACAGUUUGGGCGAUUUGGUGACGAGGAUUCAGGGCCAUGCGACGUUCUUGACGUCGAUGGAUCAUCCGCUGCGAGGUGAGUUCAGGAACACGCCGGGUGAUGUGUAUGGGGGAGGAAGCGACUGACCCAAAGUACGGACCACUCGCAGCUGUCGUAUUGGUCGCUCAAAUCCGAGCUGGCCUCUGGGUUCGCAACGGAUUUGGAAUCCGAGCGCAACAACUCCAUUACAAGGAGUACAGCUUACACGAAAACACCUACGACCAGGACGUCUACUUCCUCCAAACCUCACUCGUUAUCGCUAAUCCAUCGCAUGUCUUCGUGGCCCUGCUCGCACGAUUCGACGUCCAUGAAUGGCUCGGUCAGACGGAUCUGAGUCAGGUUGCUCAUCCGAUUUACGAGCCUUCGCAAGCGAUGAUGAUGGUCGAGGAGUUGUUGUACCUCUUGAUCGUACUCGUUUCCGACCCGACGCACGUCGCAGGUCUUUCGAGCGAGCAAGUCCUUCGCAGGGAAUUGAUCCACAACUUGUCCCUUGGACCGACGACCUUCUCCGAUCUCAUGCGUCGCACCUCCGAACGUUUCACGGACGACUCGGCACUUGAACGUGUACUGGGGGAGGUGUCGACGUUCAAGCAACCUGUGGGCAAUAGCGAUCAGGGAACGUACGCCCUUCGAGAAGAGUUUUACACCCAUGUCAAUCCGCAUUUCCCGAGAUUCUCGAGGAAUCAAAGGGAGGAAGCCGACAAGAUUGUUCGUGCGCAACUCAAGAAAACCUUUAACUCUUCGGAAGAGCCUGUGAUCGUUCCUAGUCGAUUGGAGAUCCGAUCGGGCCCGUUCAUCGAUUUAGCGCAGGCGUUGGAGAGUGAGGCGCUUUUGUCGAUCGUGUUUCAUGCGCUACGGACGGGUCGAGGGAGGGGGGAAUCUUUGUUCUCUGAAGUCGUGUUGGACGAGGCGUUACAUCUCGUCAUGCUGGCUUUGAUCGAAAGACCCCAUGCGCUCGCAGCGUUCGCUCUCAAAGCGCAGUUGGAAGACGCACCCGUCGAUCCGAACAACAAGCCCGAUACGAACUUGGUGCACGUGCUCGUCAAACUCGAGGACGACGAGAGGGUCAAGUCGAUUCGACCGAAAGCCAAAUGGUGUCUCGAUCGAUUGUCCGAACUCCUCGGGGCACCCGUUCAAGACCUCCGAACGGUCGUGGAUGAUUCAGCCGGUUUCGCCAAAGCGACUUUGGAGAAGAAACGACAAGCGGCGAAGGCGCGACAAGCGGCGAUUCUGAAAAAGUUCCAACAACAACAAGCAUCGUUCUUGGCUAGUGCUGAGGCGAACGAAGGGGAGGAAACGACGGAGGAUGAGGAGAUGGCCGUUGAGGGGGGACCGGAAGAGGUCAAGGCUUCUUUGGGGUCGUGUAUCGUUUGUCAGGACGAUUUGGACUGUACCAAGUCGUUUGGGACGCUCGCUUUCGUUCAAGUCAGUAAUCUCAUUCGCGUGACCGCAUCGGAUGCGGAGAUCGAGGAAGAAGUGCUCAAGACGCCCGUCAAUCUCGAUCGGGACGCAUCGCACCUUCGUCCCUUUGGAAUCGCUUCGCAUCUAAUAGGCGUCCAUCCCGAUGAUGAAUCAGGGGAUGGACUGGGACGAGCAUGGAAACACAACACCGUUACGGGCCUGCACGCUUCGGCAUGUGGUCACAUGAUGCAUUUCGAGUGCUUCAAGACGUACUACAAGUCCAUCGAGGCGAGGCACCUCACCCAACCGAUGCGAUGUCAUCCCGAGAAUACGCUGAGGAGGGAGUUCAUUUGUCCGUUGUGCAAGACGUUGGGCAACGCGUUGUUGCCGACGACGAUCGCGAGUGAGAGGUUGGCAACGGUGGAGGAGGCGUCGUUCGAUGAGGCUUGGGUUGGGUCGUUAUUGGAUGUUUUCCAUCCGGAGGAAGGGGCGAAUGGACCUGAAGGAACAAGCGAGGCGCAAGAAGGCCUCAAAUACGUGCAGGUCCUAGGGUCGAACGGGAUGCAUCUCUUGCCUUGGAAGAUCACGUCCAAGAUUGCAGGACCGAUCGACGACCCGACGCCGGAACUUCGCAUGGCCGUCCGCCUCUUUUCGACCAUCGAUCCCUUAGCCCAGGAAGCGUUCGGCAAAGCACCUCGACGUGACCGUGAUGCAGCUCGACGAUCGUUGCCACAUGAUCUACUGACGUAUACAGUCGAGUCGCUCGAGAUUGCGGCUCGCGGACAAGCGAAUGAAAGUGGGAUGGAUGGCGUCGCGGUCAGCGAAACGACGGGGCGUAUGUUGAGGUGCAUGUUUUACGCUAUGCGAUUGCUCGUCGAUGUGCCGAGUGUGUAUCGUCGGUUGCCGCCUUCGACGCAUUUCGAUACACUCAAUGCCGUCAAGUUUGCCGUCUUCUCCCACAUCGGCGGAAUGUUCAACCCGAGUUGGUCGGCCGACCACCCCCUCUUUUCGCUCAACCCUCUCGCAACGCUUAUCGAGACCGCUGCCGUGGCACCCGAGUAUUUUCACCACGUUAUCGCCUUCACGUACUAUACCGAGCUCGUGCAGACCUACCUCAAGCUCAUGUGCUACGGCAGUUACUCGACCGAAGUCGCGGACAAGCUCAUGCCAGAGGCGAUCAAGGACGUCGUGGAUAAGCCUGUCGAGCGAGAAUGCUUGCUGCUCGCUCAGAUUGAGAGGUUCUUCAGCGAGUCGUACGAUCAGGAGCCGCGCGAUCGGAUGGAGAUGGUACAGUUGGGCAAGUGCUUGUACACCCAUACUUUGCCGUUCUUGAGGCAAGCUUCGAUCUUGCACCGCACGCUGUUUGGCAACUCGGCGCGUGUCGCUUCGAGACCCGGUUCAGAACGAACGGAAUACUCGCGUCUUUUGGAAUUGCUCCGAAUCCGCGACCCUUCUGGCGUCCUCCUUCCCGAAUCGUCGGCCACCUACCCCGAAGCGCGCUACUUUCAAAGCCACAUCCACGCCCUACGUGACCAAAUGCACAGAGGUCACUCCCCCAUACCCUUCGAAUUAACGCGUUCCCUGACCGCCCUCAAAUCCAACAACCUCUGCUACCCCAUACCCCCAGCCCGCCUGCAUCACCCAACCAUCUACGAACUCGCCGGACUGCCUCGUCAACUCGAUACACUCGUUGCGGCUUCCUUGGCGACGCCUUGUAACGCAUGCGGAUUGGUAUCGGAUAGCCCAGCGUUGUGUUUGUUGUGUGGCGAGUUCGUGUGCGCGCAAAGCUUUUGCUGCAUGGAUUCCGACGAUGAGGCGCAGCAUGGGGAAUGCAAUUCUCAUAUGUGGGGGUAAGCUCUUUCGUCGGAGCGCUUUAUUGAAGCUUGAAGGACGAAGACGCUGACGCAAACUCCUCUUCUUCUUCCCUAGUUGUGGAGGUACAGUCGGUAUCUACUACAUGGUCAAGCGCAACUCGCUGUUGUACCUCUACACGGACAAAGGAUCGUUCGCGGUGCCUCCUUACCUCGAUUCCCACGGUGAAGUCGAUCUAGGUGGUCGGUAAGUCAAAGUCAACACAUACCCCGUUUUGAUCCCUGACUGACGAUGUUUUCGGGUUCUGUGUUGUUUCAGACGAAGUCGAUUACAAUACCCUCAGUACCUCCACAAAGGGCGGUACGACGAGGUGCGCAAGUUGUGGCUGAACCAUGCGUUGCCGACCAUCGUUGCGAGGAAAUUGGAUGCCACAACUGAUAACGUGAGUUUGAGUUGCGGUCGACGUUCUGAAGGCGAUGGACUUGGCUGA